UUAUAGGUUUGCGUUUCUGAGCCCAGUGCGAUUCCAUAUCGGAGUCACAUGGCGUUGACACAGAAGGCGCGCAAAGGGUUUACUUAUUUUCCUCUAUGGCAUCAGAUCAGCGUUUUUAUUCCUCCGAAACAGAUCAACCUGUUACUUAUUUCACUCGCUGCAACUCAUGAUUGGCACUUACACCAGUUGGACAUUAAAAAUGCAUUUUUGCAUGGUGACCUUAAAGAAGAAGUCUAUAUUGAGCAACCUCCGGGGUAUGUUGCUCUGGGGGAGUAUGGUAAGAAUCUCCAAUUGAGAAUGCAAAGUCAGCUUCGUCACUGUAAGUUGCAGUCUUCACAUCAUCAACCCAGGAAGGUAUUUCACAGCAGGAAGAAAUAGAAGCAAUGACAUGGUGGUAUGAUGCACCAUGGUGUUGUAAAAUUCUUCCCAUGUCUGUAUCUCCUGUUGAUGUCUUUGCUCUUGUUCCCACAUUUUUUCAAAAGAAUUGACCUCAGCUCGUUCAAGACCUGGAACCAAUUCAAAAACCUCUAUUUUGAAUUCCAUGUUAUAAUAACACAUCAACCUCUCCGCAGGGAUCCAAACAUACUUGUAACCUUCCAGGAAAUAUGGGUCUCCAAGAUUAUCAACAACGAGCUUGAUCCUUUCAAAAUCUAUGGACAAUAAGGCACAACAUGCUACCCCAUAUAGAGCAACAGAAUGAUAGAAAUUAGAAAAAGGUGCAAUUCCUUUUAGAAGUCUGUUGGACAGCCAUUUUCUUUGAUGAUGAUCAAUGUCUGAAUUCUGGAACAAUUGCCAGCCUUUUGAUUGCUCAAAGACACUUGUAUUUCCAUUGGAGCAUUACGAAACCCAGUCGUGGGAUCACUGAUCCCAUAAAAAUGACAGACACUCCGCCUGAGAAAAAACAGAAGAUUGGGGAUGUCCUCACUACUGGGGAUAACACAGAAGGUAUUGAGAUCCUACGACAGAAGUUGCACGAGUGGGGUCAUUGGAUGUAUUAUUACCAAACUUUUAACAAGGAGUUGGAUUAUAAGCCUCAGUAUCAAAUGCAUGUCGUGUUAGCAUCAGAAUUUGAUGCAAAGUGCUCAUUCUAUUCAAGCAAUUUCAGUUUCUCAAUGGAUCCAGUGAUCAUUGGGGGGGUGAAACCCUGCUCCUAUUCUGAGCUGGAAAGCAUAACUGAUUUCAAGGUGCCCUGUACCCCGUGUUUGAAGGCGUAUGUAAGACGAUUGUUCAGUGGAACAAUUGACAAGGGCUUCGAGAAACGACCAGUGAUUGUAAAAACAUGGGACUUUCCCUUUGUUGGUGGAUAUUACUUUUAUAACGUGCCAGAUAAAUUUUGUGAUCUGAUCGAGUUUUACACAGACCCUGAAGUAAGAAACCAUCCAAAUUUGGCGAAGUUAUCUAUGUACUGCUACGAAAAAAGGCUAGCAGCUGUCUUUGACGAGAAAUUUACAGUUGUCUUGUCUGAAAUGCUUCUCGAUGAUGAGUUUGGGUGGCAUGAUCGGAUAUGGGUGGCAACUCAACUCGCAGAACUCUUGGCAUGGUUGCAUCGAAGGAGGAUUGCAGUUGGCUCAGUUGAAGGUUCAAGUAUUAUGGUAGAUGAGGAAAUGAAUAUAAAGGUGCUUGGAUUUGGCUGUGUUUCUCGUCACAUAGAUGAAGAUUCUAAACUUCCAGUGAGUAAAACUUAUUAUAGAGAGGCUUAUGAAGUUCUUUAUGGAGGUGUAAGGAUGAUGAAAUCUGAUGUUUUUGUAUUCGGGAUUCUACUAGUGGAGCUGAUAGCAAAAAAGAAAUACAGUUUUGAAAUGAGGCCACACAAUAUAAUAGAGGAUGCGCAGGUUAUGGCUGCAAAUGGCAAAAAGGGGUUGGUUCAUGAGUCAUUCAAAGAGGUCAAUGACGACACAGCCAAGAAGAUUACGGACUUCACACUUUCCUGCUUGGAUGAGGAACCAACGAACAGGCACAAGAUGGCAUAUGUUUUUGAGUUUCUCGCUAAUUUGAGAGGAAUGAGCAACUGUAGUGUUUAAAGAAUGUGUCUGCAUCUAUCUUCGUGUUUUCUUCAUUUCCAUCGUUUUCAGUUUUCACUGCAUCUUGUCUUUGCAAUUGAAGUUUGUGUAGUUCUAGUGUACUUUGAGUACUUGCACCUUAAAAUCAAACACUUGAGAGAAUUGGGCAACUGUAGACUGUAGUAUUUAAAGAAUGUGUCUGCAUCUACCUUCGUGUUUUCUCCAUUUCCACUGUUUUUACUUUUUACUGCAUCUUCUCUUUGCAAUUGAAGUUUGUAUAGUUCUGGUGCAUUUAGAGUACCUUAUUAGUUGCACAAUAAAUCUAACACUGAG